ACUACUGCUGCACACACACAGGCAUUAUUCCGAUAGUCUGGGAGGCUGGGCUCUGGUUUCAUUCAGGCUCCGGGCGACUGGGAGAGUCUCGAGUUUGCGUGCAGCAGGAGACAAUAUCAUCUGAAGUGACUCGGUUGGGUAACACAGAGAAGAAAACGCUUUCUUUUUUGGGGGGCGGUUGUCUGAAAUCUGGACUAGGAUCACAAAGAUCAGAAGUAUGAAGAAAGCCUAAGAUGAAGACCAGGAGAUAACACUGUGCCUCUGCAUCUACAUUUGAGGGUUCAUUUUCAAAGAUGGAGCCGUAAAAAAUAACCAAGACCCAUUGGAGUGAGCUUUUGAGGAGAUAGGAGGAUCUUCUCCUGAUAGAGGCUUUGCUUGGGAUUCCUCAGACGAUGGCUGCAACAGAAACCAAAGCCCCAAGCAGCGCUGCGGGUCUCUCCUGGGCUCGCGUGUGUAAAGAAUGUGGCCAACAGCACGAGGGCCAGGAAACUCACCUGUAUGAGUACCAAAACGAAGUGGACGAUGAGUUGGUUUGUCACAUUUGUCUGCAGCCCCUCCUAAAACCCAUGGAUACUCCAUGUGGACACACUUACUGUUAUCAUUGUCUGAGCAACUUCUUGAAGGAGCAGGACUUUUGCCCCGUGGAUCGCCAGCGUCUACAGCUAAAUCAGUGUCGACCCUCCAGCCUGCUGGUUAGAAACCUGCUGGACAAACUGCUUGUUUCCUGCCCUCACUAUGCAGAUUGCCAACAGAAGAUGCAGCGUUGUGAGCUGCAGCCUCACCUGCACAACAGAUGUCCUGUUUUUAAGAGGCUGAGGGAAGAAGCAGAGAAGAGGAAGAGGCCUUCCUGGAAUGAAAUAAAAGGGCGCAAGGGUGAUGGAGAGUCAUCUGGAGAUGCGAAACAUUCAGCGACGCUGUCUCGAAAUCCCACCAGGGAUCAGUCUGAGCCGGGUCUCAUUAAUCCUGCCUAUGAGGAAAUUGACGAUGAUAACACCCCCCUGCGGUCCAGUCUUGUGGCCGAGGCAAACGUGGUGGAGCUGUUCAGGGAUGAGCCUGAGGAGGAGUUAGGCCUCCGUAUUGUUGGAGGGAAAGAUACACCGUUGGGAAAUAUAGUGAUCCAGGAGAUCAUCCGGGACUCGAUAGCCUCUCGAGAUGGCAGACUGGCUCCAGGGGACCAUAUCCUAGAGGUGAAUGACGUCAGCCUGGCUUCAAUUCCCCACUCCAGGGCGAUUGCAGUGUUGCAGCACCCCUCCCUCCUCAGGCUGACCGUCAUGCAGGAGAAAGGCUUCAAAAUAAGGGACCAACGGUCGGAUCAUCACGCCUCCAGCUUCACUGCCUCCCAUAGUCCUCAUGGGAACAGUCCAUCCAGUCAAAACCCUGGGAAAGUCCUGCAUGUCAUGCUAACAAAGACCCACCGCACAGAGCCGCUCGGCAUCAAACUUAUCCGGAAGUCUGAUGAAAGCGGUGUUUUUAUCCUGGACCUUUUGCCGGGCGGUUUGGCAGCCAAAGAUGGAAAACUCAGGAAUAAUGAUAAAGUUUUGGCCAUAAAUGGGCAUGACCUCAUGCAUGGUACACCUGAGAGUGCUGCCCUCAUCAUACAGAACAGUGAAAAGUGUGUGAACUUUGCUGUAAUGAGGCCAGCAGAGAAUCCAGAGGAAGGAGGAAGCAGCAGCAGAGAGGGCCAACACAGCAGAGGAGUAAGAAGGGCCCCUGAGCCGCAGUACUUCAGACGGCAGACCACCUACUUAAAGGACCCACCAGGUGGCUUUUCAUGUCAGGAGAAAACAGUGAGCUUAAAGAAGGAGCCUCGAACCUCUCUGGGCAUCACCAUAGCUGGGGGGAGGGAUUGUCGGAGCAGGCUGCCUGUUUACAUCACGAGUGUGCAGCCUGUUGGCUGUCUGCACAGAGACGGCACCAUCAAGAGAGGUGAUGUUCUGCUGAGCAUCAAUGGAGUCGAUCUGACCCAGCUGACCUACAGCGAGGCUGUCUCUGUUCUGAAGGCCCAGACAGCUCAGUCCCAGGUGGUGCUGCGUGUGAUCCAGACCCUCUCCGAAGGCGGCGAGGAGGACACAGAGACUAGCAGCAGGGAUGACUUUGACCAUGUGGAGGACCAACGAGAAGAGACCCGUACCUGGACGCCGCUGUGGACUCACUGGCUGGGGUUACCAAGCCACAUGCACUGGUGCAGAGACAUUGUCCUACAGAAAACCAAUAACGAGAGCUGGGGCUUCAGCAUCGUCGGCGGCUACGAGGAGAGCCAUGGGCAGCAGCCUUUCUUCAUUAAAACUAUCGUGCCUGGUACACCCGCCCAUUUCGACGGCCGUCUCAAGUGUGGCGACGAGAUUGUGGCGGUGAAUGGAGCUACGACCGUGGGGAUGAACAACUCCUCCCUCAUCCCCAUGCUCAAGCUGCAGAAGAACAAAGUCACCCUGACCGUGGUGUCCUGGCCGGGGAGUCUGGUGUAAUAAAAGAAGUUCAAAUGAGCACACACAAGUAGCCCUGUUAAGCUGCAUUUGUUUAAUCCAACCCAAUGUCCUUGAUUCUUUAUUUGACAUAAUGGAGACAGUCCGAACUGUUAAAGCCGUUUGGGACUCAUGUAGAAAAUGGAUCUAAUGCUAAGAUGCACAAAUGAUCAAAUUUAUAUUCAGUAUAAACUUGGAAAGAGUAAUUCUGUUAUUUUAUCUACCAUCAGUUUCUAGCAUAUUAAAAAUAAAAAGAAUCCUGACUAUAAACUAAUACUAAAUUAAUCAACAGUUUGUGAUUAAGUCUGAAAUGAAGACCCAUUUGAAAAUAAUGCAAAAUAUUUCAAAUCAAAACGGUUGUAGGUGAGUGUUUAAAGGGAUGGAGUGUUUUUAAGUACUAAAUGUUCACUUUAGAGGAGCCAGUAGCGUUACAGAACAAAGCAGAAUUAAAGCUGCUUGAGUCAAAACAUGCACAGAUGAUGGCACCACAUUUGGGUUUAUUCCUUUUUUUUUAAGUUUAAUUUUUUUUAUUCACAUUCAAUAACAGUGAAAAAGCUCACGACUCUUAUUGUAAACCAUCAACAUUUUUUUUUUCCAUGAAGGUCAUCAAUUCUUGUUGAGAUUUUUAUUUUUUAAUUCCCUUUUUUUUCUUCCAAUAUUUUAGCCCCUAUUUUAGCACUGUAUUUAUUUCCUGUGUCUAACUAGUAUAUUUGGACAGACUUGCAGAAGUGGGUGCCUUGGAGGUAUUGAAGGACAAGCCAGAAUAUAACUGCCUUAAACUGUCUCUCUACCACAUCUUGUUUAUAGAAACUUAAAGUGGCCUUUCGAUUCAAAACAAAGUGGCUUUUUGGAAUGUACACCAAGUAAUGUGUAAAUAAUCCUAUGCUGUUUAAUUUUGUUCAAUAAAAUCAUAUCAAUCAUA